AUGCAGCAAAUUGCUCAACUUGAUCUAUCACCUACAUGGGCAUUUGGUGUAAGGUGGUCGCCAAGUGGAAAAACAUUGGCCUAUGCAGGGCACAGUUCCAUGAUUUAUUUCGUUGAUGACGUUGAAGGGUCUCCUGCUGCGCAAAAUUUGGCACUGCGUGAUCUGCCUCUCCGUGAUGUGGAUUCUUUUUGUUUCUGA